AUGACGGCACGACAACCAUCUCCUAUAUCCGAUAAUUCGCAUUCAGAUGGCGGGGUUCGCAAAAGGGUGUGUAAGGCCUGCGAUCGGUGUCGACUGAAGAAGUCCAAGUGUGACGGAGCCAAACCAUGCGGUCGGUGUAGAGCAGACAACACUCUAUGUGUCUUUGGCGAGAGAAAGAAGGCCCAUGAUAAAGUGUACCCUAAGGGAUAUGUUGAGAUGCUCGAACAACAACAAACGUGGCUCGUAUACGGUCUACAAGAAUUAUAUCGACGCAUAAACGAGGGCGAAGGCUGGCCCGGGGAACCGCUGAAAUGCGAAUCUAACGGCCACCCUCUCACGCACGAUUUACUCACUCAACUCGGCGCUCUGGAUCACAACAAGAAUGAGCGUUUCGAAGAAAACACAGAAACCAUGCAGCAGGAGUUGUGGAAGCAGAAUGCCGGGCACAUGCAGCGACAGGAUUCGUCAGACGCCAGUUCCGACACCGCACAAUCGCCCGUGAUUCCAUCUUAUUUCUCCGAUCCCUUUGCUGCCCGCACUCUCCCCCAGACCCCCACCAACACCAUUAGCCCCGUAACAUCACGGACCGAGAUCCCCGCCAUCAAGAGCGAGUCCCAAUUAACGCCGAACAACCCUCCAUUCGUCACGUCGAUAUCUUCGAUGUCCAUGCCUAGCGUGGUGAACCCGCUCGCCCUACAGAACCCCCAGCAAUGGCCAAACCCAAGUUUCGGUGGCUUCGACGAGAUGGAUAUGAUGGGAGCCGUCGAGUACGGGGCCCUGACCUUCGACGAGCCCAUGCCCUCGCCGCUCUUCAACCGACAACUGCCCCUGAGCUGUCUGAUGACCGGGUCAUAUAUGGACAACAAGAACGACUACGAGGAUAUUAACCAGUUUCUGAAUGCCAAUCCGCCGGAAAUCACAUCGACCUGA